AGUGAGAGAGAGAGAGAUCUACCAUUACCAACAUCGAAUCAAACAUCAAACAGCAUCAACUUCUACAAGCACACACAUACACACGAACGAAGGUACCUCCUGCUGCAUAGGGCUUCGUUCCUCUUCCUGUGACCUCUCUCCCUCCUUCCCUCUCUCUUUCUCUCUUUCUGGACUGGAGAGUGGAGACGACUCUCUUUCUCUUUCUCUUUCUCUUUCUCUUUAUCUCUCCCCCCGCUCGAUCUCUCUUUUGAAGCCUAACAUCAUCGGAUCUGAGAGAUCAUUGGGUUCGAAACUUUUUUUCUGGUUCAGCUUGUCGGAUCUCUCCGAAUUUCGAUUAGAUUUCCAUUUCUCUUUUGUCUUCUCUCUCUCGAGAACGAGGAAAAAAAAAGCGGAGAAAGGCAAGCACUGUGCGUAGUGGCGCUGUCUUCCAGAGUGAGCGGGUGCGAGGUCAUAGACCUCAAAUCUACCAACUUCAAGAACUUGAACCGUUGUUUUAUUAUACGAGGGAGAAGGCGAGUUGAAGCGAUUGUUGAGUGUGUGGGGGAGCGGGGAGAGCAUUCGCAUUCGUAUGGGAAUGCGAAUGCCCGAACGAUGAGCUACGCUGGAGACGAGGAAGAAGAGGAGGAGUGCUUCUACGAGUCGCUUGAUCGGAUACUCUCUUCCUCCCACUCUUCCUCUUCGUCUUCCGCCGCCGUCUCCGACGACGACGACCCUUCCAAUUCCCCCAAUUAUGCCUCCGACCAUCCCCCCGUUCUCAAAUUCCCCAUGGCCCUCACCAAGUACGACGUUUGGAUUGCCGAACCUUCCUCCAUCGAAGAACGCCGCAAGCGUCUCCUCCGUGAGAUGGGCCUUAGCGGCGACCGGUUGCUCUCCCGCUUAAAAUCCUCCAACGAGUCCAAUAAUUCCAGCGGCCGUACCAGGGAACCGGAGUUGUUCGGGAGAUCCGUCUCCGCCGAUCCUUUACGAACUCAACAUCAGCCAGGCUCCUCCUCUCUCGACAAUUCCAAUUCGAGCAUUGUUCGAUCCAAGUCUGACGGUGCCGUCGAUUGUACCUCCUCUUGCCGUCCACCUGACGAUCACCGUAACUCCUCCACUUCUUAUUCUACUACAAUUCAUUCAAUUCAUUCGAUUCAGUGGGUCGGGGACUCCGCUCCCCUUGUACAUAAUCACCUUCUUUCUAAAUCCCGGAGCAACGGAAGUAAUGGAUCCCCGACUGCCAAUGUUGCCCCUCUCAAUAAGCCUCCCACUGGGAAACUGUCUCGGAGGGGGGAAGACGUUAGAAAUGAUCCAACGAAUGUCAACCCUAGCCCUAACUCCUAUCCCUCGACUCCUGUGCUGGUGAAUGCCGGCAACAGUGGUGGAGAAUUUGACGAUGAUUCGGAUUGUAACGGAAUCGUUAGGGCCACUGACCAGCUCUGUACAAUUAAGAAUCUGGACAACGGAAAGGAAUUUAUAGUGAAUGAAUUCAGUGAGGAUGGCAUGUGGAACAAGCUUAGGGAAGUCGGGACUGGCAGGCAACUAACUAAGGAGGAAUUUGAUAUGUAUGUUGGGCAUUCUCCUAUUGUUCAGGAACUGAUGCGGAGGCAGAAUGUAGAAGAAUUGAGUGCUAAGAAUGAUAAUCUGGACGUGAAUGGGAUUAGCAAUGUUGGCAGUGGAUCAAAGUCAAAGAAGAAAGGAAGCUGGUUCAAGAGCAUAAGGAAUGUUGCCAGUACUGUGACUGGUCAAAGGGAGAGGCGAAGCAGUGAUGAGAGGGAUACCUCGUCGGAGAAGGGUGGGAGGAGGUCAAGCUCUGCCACAGAUGACAGCCAGGAUGUUACAUUUCAUGGCCCCGAGAGGGUUAGGGUUAGGCAGUAUGGAAAGUCUUGCAAGGAGCUCACGGCACUCUACAAGAGUCAAGAAAUACAAGCCCAUAGUGGAUCUAUCUGGAGCAUCAAAUUCAGCUUGGAUGGACGAUAUCUUGCAAGUGCUGGCGAGGAUUGUGUCGUUCAUGUCUGGCAGGUUAUGGAAUCAGAACGAAAGGGUGAUUUAUUGCUGGAGAAACCUGAAGACGGGAUUUUAAAUCCAUUUAUAUUGGUCAAUGGGUCACCUGAACCGGCAAUGGUAUCGCCCAGCAUGGAUAACCAUUUGGAGAAGAAAAGAAGGGGAAGAACAUCCAUUAGCCGGAAAUCCAUAAGCUUGGACCAUGUUGUGGUUCCAGAGACUGUGUUUGCACUUUCAGAAAGGCCCAUUUGCUCCUUCAGAGGACAUCUUGAUGAUGUGCUUGACCUCUCAUGGUCCAAAUCACAGUACUUGCUCUCAUCUUCAAUGGACAAAACAGUACGCCUGUGGCAUAUGUCUAGCAACUCUUGCUUGAAAAUGUUCUCACACAGUGAUUAUGUGACUUGCAUCCAAUUUAAUCCUGUAGACGAUAGAUUUUUCAUUAGUGGAUCGCUAGAUAAUAAGGUUCGCAUGUGGAGUAUUCCAGAUCGUCAAGUUGUUGAUUGGAAAGAUCUACAUGAGAUGGUCACUGCUGCUUGCUAUACACCUGAUGGCCAGGGUGCAUUAGUUGGUUCACACAAGGGGAGCUGCCACCGGUAUAACACAUCUGAAAAUAAAUUGCAUGGUGACUGUACAAUCGAUCUACAGAACAAGAAAAAGAAAUCUCAUCUCAAAAAGAUCACUGGUUUCCAGUUUGUGCCAGGGAGUUCCUCAGAAGUGCUUAUUACAUCUGCAGAUUCACGAAUCCGGGUUGUUGAUGAUAAGGAAUUAGUUCACAAAUUCAAAGGGUUUCGCAAUACAAGCAGUCAAAUCUCAGCCUCAUUGACAGCAGAUGGGAAUUAUGUAGUAUGUGCCAGUGAGGACUCUUAUGUGUAUGUGUGGAAAUACGAAUGUGGUUCCAGACCAAGCCGAAGCAAAUGUGUGACUGUCACACACUGUUAUGAGCAUUUCCAUUGUCAGGGUGUAUCAGUGGCCAUCCCUUGGCCUGGCAUGGAUGGCACCAGUGAUAUGCAGGAUACUUACAGCGGGGAACACAAUGAUCUUGAUGGCAACCUUGAUGAAGUCCCUACAGCCAAUCAUCCACCUUCACCUGUCAAAGAGGAAAAUGGGAGUGAGGGUUUAUUGCCUGCAUAUGGAUGCAUCAACAGCCCAUUACACGGUAUCAUUUCCAGCUCCAACAGCAGUUACUUCUUUGAUAGGAUGUCAGCAACCUGGCCUGAAGAAAGGCUGCUUUUGGCAGCUAAGAACCAGAGCCCUCGUAACAGCUUCGAUCUCUCCAAUGGUGUGAUGCAAGGUAGGGCAGCUUGGGGUAUGGUCAUUGUGACAGCAGGCCAUAGAGGUGAAAUCAAAACAUUCCAAAAUUUCGGACUGCCUGUCCGAAUCUAAGGCACCUCAAGAAAUUGGAUGCAGCCUAGGUAACUUGGCUACAUAUACGUAUGAUAGAUACAACCAUGUAACCAAGUUGUCAAGAGGAGGAAAAAUGGUUGUUUUUCUUUUUGUGUAUAGAAAGAAAUAUAUGGUGAGGAUUGUAAUAUUUGGGAGUGUUGCCAUCCCUUGCUUCCAUGUUCUCGUGUUUGCUGGAUGUGGGAAGAGAGAGAGAGAGAGAAAGAGGGCACGGAGCCGGGGAGGAAUAAAUAGAUAGGCUUUGUCAAAGAAAAAGGCAAAAAAAGCCACACAAUGGAUUUUAGGAGUUAUCCCAAGGAUUAGUGCAAAAUGGGAUAUUUGUAGAGUCAAAGAGCAUGGGGAAAGAGGAUCUUGGAUUUCAAAGAAUUCUUUUUUUUCCAACAAGUAAAGAAGUUGAAGUUGCA